AUGGCUUCUUUCUCGCAACAGACCUACGCCUCGCGCGGCGAGCGGCACCAGCACCCGGUGGCCAAGCAGCUGUUUGCGACGAUGGAGCGCAAGCAGAGCAACCUCUCUCUAGCAGCAGACGUGAGCACAAAGGCCGAGCUCCUUGCUCUGGCCGAUAAAGUGGGCCCGUACAUAUGCGUGCUCAAGACGCACAUCGAUGUGAUUUCUGACUUUGACACCGACCUGGUCGAGCAGCUGCAGGCAUUGUCGAUAAAGCAUGACUUUUUAAUCUUCGAAGAUCGCAAGUUUGCGGAUAUCGGCAACACAGUCAAGCUGCAGUACGGCGGGGGCGUGUACCGCAUUGCUGACUGGGCGCAUAUCACAAACUGCCAUGUUAUUCCGGGCGAGGGCAUUAUCCAGGGGUUGGCCGAGGUCGGAGUACCCAAGGGCCGUGGGCUGCUGCUGCUGGCCGAAAUGUCCAGCAAGGGCAUGCUGGCGACCGGCGCGUACACCGACAAGAACAUCGAGAUGGCUGUCAGAAACGACUUUGUCUUUGGGUUUAUUGGAUCACGUCGAUUCACCGAGGAGCGCGACCUGGUCACUAUGACGCCGGGUGUCGGCUUGCACGCCUCUGGGGACGCCCUUGGCCAGCAGUACCGCACCCCCGAGCUGAUAAUCACCGAGAACGGCUCGGAUGUUAUUAUUGUCGGUCGUGGCAUCUACGGCCCGGGCAAGGAUGCCGUCGCCGAGGCUCAGCGCUACCGCGAGGCCGGCUGGAACGCGUAUUUGAAGCGCCUUGAGUAG